GUGAUUAUCAGUUUGGUGGUAUAGUCAGUAACGUAUCUAUGCGUCUCCAUGAAGCGUGUAAAAUAACAGGGAAUAUAAAAGAGAACUUAUGUCUAAGGCAAAUUCAUCGAAAUAGUUGUGCCUGCUAGUUCUACGGGAAGCUUCAACAAAAAUGCAAAAAGUUGGAAAAUUAAAUUCAUCGAUUGAUAUUAUUCCUUUGCAAGGAUCUAGUGGUGAUUAUAAAUCAAAAAGCAUGGACAAUAAACACAAAAUUGAAAAUUCUCAUCGUUUUUUCAAAGAUCAAUUAUUAAUAUCUCGUGUUCAAACGUAUAUGCAUGAAAAUGAAAACAGAGUAUAUAUCGAUGUAAAUGAAAUGGCCGAUACUCUUCAAAGAAAAUAUCGUGAUUAUCGUGGAAAAAAACGUAGCGCAUUUAGAGCACUUGUACGUAAAGCAUACGACGAACUAACAGAGAUGUUCGCCAAAAAAUCUUCUCGUGAUUGGUAUGCUUACGAGGAUGACGAUGAUGACGAUGAAGUUGACGUUGAGUCAGAUCCACAACCUGCAAUAUUAGGAGAUGUAUUAUUAAAAAUGUUCAAGAAAUCAAAGGGCAAGCAGAAUGGAAAUUCCAGUGACAAAGAGCUUAUAGAUAUUAGCAGUGACGACGAUGUUGAGAAAUGUGAUCCAAAGUCCGACGCAAAGGCGGAAGAUACAGUCACAAAUAAAAACUUACAAGAAAAUACAAAUUCCGUACCAGCUGUACAAAAAUCUAAUGAUUCUAAGGAGGAUAGACAAUCGGCCCAAACGUCAAAGAAUGAGGUUUCUAUUCCUAAAACACAAACAGAAAUAACGACUAGAAAAAGACAAAGAGAGAAAGAAAAUGAUAGCGGACAAUUACCAUUAACGAAGAGGGUAAAGACGAUACCAAUUACCGAACCGAAAGUAACAUUUGCAGAUGUCGGUGGAAACGAUAAGGUUUUGAAAACAGUAUGCAAAUUAUUGGCACAUAUAAAACAUCCAGAGAUAUUUAAACAACUUGGCAUAUCUCCGCUAAGAGGAUUUUUACUUCAUGGUCCACCUGGUUGCGGAAAGACUUUGUUGGCUCAUGCUAUCGCUGGAGAAUUAGCAGUGCCUCUAUUGAAAGUAGCAGCACCCGAACUGGUGGCUGGAGUAUCGGGCGAAAGUGAAGCGCGUAUUAGAGAAUUAUUUGAUCAAGGAAUUGCUAUCGCACCAUGUGUACUUUUCUUGGAUGAAAUCGACGCUGUUGCGCCGCACAGAGCAACGGCUCAAAGAGAAAUGGAACGAAGAAUCGUAGCACAGUUGUUAUCAUGUUUAGAUGAACUAAGCGCAAGAGAUAAUGGAGACAGAGUCUUAGUUAUAGGAGCGACAAAUCGGCCAGAUUCGUUAGAUCCUGCCUUAAGAAGAGCAGGACGUUUCGAUCGCGAAGUUUGUCUUGGUAUACCAGACAAAGAUGCGAGAGCAAAGAUAUUGGCAGUACACACAGAAAAAGUAGCACUAGCUCCUAACAUUAGUCUAUCGACAAUAGCUUCGCUUACGCCUGGCUUUGUGGGAGCAGAUCUUGUUGCUUUAAUCAGAGAAGCUGCCUUGGCUGCGGUAGAUAGAAUCUUCGAAGACUUGAAUGAAACGGUACCAGCGAUUAGUAUUUCUAAAUCUCCAGAAAUAAGUGAAAUCGAUCCUCAAACUGACAAAGAAGUUCCAGCAUUUGAAAAUUCUGGAAAUAUAGUCGAUGAUGUUACGACUGCUGAACCUCCGACGAGUAUCGAAGAUACCGUAUCCUCUAUGAGCAAGACACAAUCAGAAAACUCGAAUGUAGGAUUAGAAAUGGAUGUAACGCAAGAACCGUCAAAGUCUCCAGAGCUAUCGAGUUUACUUACUUGGUUACGGAACGAGCCUCCUCUUUCGAAGGAAAAAUUAGGAACUCUUUGCAUCGAAGAUAGCGAUUUUGAAGUGGCACUCCGAGUAGUUCAACCUUCUGCAAAGAGAGAAGGAUUUGUUACAGUACCUGAUGUCACGUGGGAUGAUGUCGGUUCAUUACAAGAUAUCAGACAAGAAUUACAAAUGGCUAUACUCGCUCCCGUACGACACGCCGAACAAUUCGCGGCAUUGGGUUUGAGCGCUGCUACGGGUGUAUUAUUAUGUGGUCCUCCGGGUUGUGGUAAAACGUUAUUGGCCAAGGCUAUUGCAAACGAAGCUGGUAUUAAUUUCAUUUCUGUAAAGGGACCUGAACUUCUCAAUAUGUAUGUUGGCGAAAGCGAGAAAGCCGUACGUCAGUGUUUUAUGAGAGCAAGAAAUUCUGCCCCGUGUGUUAUAUUUUUCGACGAAUUAGAUGCAUUGUGUCCUAAGAGAACGGAAGGCGAUAACUCAGCCACGUCGCGAGUUGUAAAUCAGAUGCUUACAGAAAUGGAUGGAGUUGAAAGUAGACAAGGAGUAUUCUUAAUGGCUGCUAGUAAUCGUCCAGAUAUUAUCGAUCCUGCCGUAUUAAGACCUGGAAGAUUGGAUAAAAUUUUAUACGUAGGAUUACCAACUGCUGCGGAUCGCGUUGACAUUUUAAGAGCACUGACGAAGAACGGUACAAAACCAAAAUUAGCCGCAGAUAUAAAUUUGGGAGAAGUAGGAUAUAACGAAAAAUGCGAUGGUUUCACUGGUGCCGAUUUGGCUUCUUUGAUCAGAGAAGCAGGAAUAGAAGCGUUGAAAGAAUUAAUGACACAGUAUCACGGACAACCAGAGAUCUGUAUGCGACAUAUCGCUAAUGCGUUCGAUAAAGUUCGACCAUCGGUUCAUGAAAAAGAGAUCAAACACUAUGAAAAAUUAAGAAAGCUAUAUUCAGUUAGAAAAGAUUCUGAAGUCACGCCUAUGGAUACACCGUUAGAAACGCCAAUAGUGGAUGUAAUUAUGGAACCAAUGGAAACAUGAGGCGAACUAAUUAAGAAUCUUUUAAUAUGGCACUUCUCUUCCAUUAUUGAAGUUUUAUCAGAAUUUCUAAGAACAUUAGAAAUAACAAAUAAUUGUGUAAGAUAAUAUUUUUACGUUAUAGGAAUUAUAUAUGUUAGGAUUUUUAAGUUUCGAUGUUUACAAAUUAUAUAUCCUUUUUUUAUUCCGAUGUUAAUAUUAAAUGAUAAAGACGUUUAAGACAUAAGAUAGAAUAUAACGAUAAUGUUCGGAUAUCUAUCUCGGAGAACAUUAUCUGUAUCACCGUUUUUGUAAACAUAAAUAAAUUUUAUGUUAUCUAUAAACAAA